UUCUUAUAUGGAUUAAGAAACAUGAAUUGUUUGAUAUGUAUAAGUAAUGAAUUCUUUGAAGAACAUGUAUUUAUUUUUAAACUUUAUUGAACUUUCCAUGAAAAUUUCUCAAAUUUUCUUCUCAGUCAUGUGGACUGUAUAUAGUGUUUGUUUGUGCAGCGUUUGGCAAUGGCGAAAGGUUUCAAGUUGACGGAAUUCAUAGUUUUGCUUGUCCUGUCGUCGUCUUCCUCGUUGGGGCUUUCGGAAGAAGAAGAAAAGGAAAAAGGAAUUUCAUAUUUGGAAGUCCAAACACUCCUUAGGGUACGGAGCCUGCUGAAUUCUCCGCCUUCAUUGAGGAAUUGGAACAACCGGACGGAUUUCUGCAACGUCGAGCCGACGCCGUCGCUGACGCUCGUCUGCUACGGCGGAGCCAUUACUCAAUUGCAUAUUAUCAACUCCGGUGGAAGUCUCCGGUUGCCGGAGAAUUUCUCCGUCGACUCGCUCGUCGCUUCCCUCGUCCGGCUCUCCGGUCUGAAGGUCCUGAAAUUGGUUUCCCUCGGCUUAUUCGGCCCGCUCCCCGGGAAAAUCGCGAGAUUAUCUUCGCUUGAGAUACUCGAUUUGAGCUCCAAUUUCUUCAGCGGGCCCAUACCGCGCCGGAUCUCGUCGUUAUCCCGUCUCCAAACGCUGGUUCUCGACGGGAACGGCUUCGCCGGGAGUCUCCACGAGGGUUUGGGCUCGCUUCCGGAUUUGGCCGUAUUGAGCUUGAAGAACAACUCUCUCGGCGGCGCCCUGCCGGAAACACUCGGAGACUUGCGUAAUCUUCGCGUACUCGCUCUCUCCGGGAACAAUUUCACCGGAAACCUGCCGGAUUUCACCGGCCUGGAAAACCUUCAAGUUCUCGAUCUGGAAGGCAACUCGUUCGGACCUGAGUUCCCCCAACUCGGAACCAAAAUCGUCACCCUAGUCCUUCGGCGGAACAACUUCUCCUCCAACAUACCGGAGAAGGUUGGUUCGUUUCCCCAGCUCCGGCACCUCGACGUCUCGUCCAACCGCCUCGUGGGCCCCUUUCCGCCAUCGUUGCUUUCCCUUCCGCUGAUCAAUUAUCUCAGCGUUGCAGAAAACAGACUGAAGGGAAUGCUCUUCGAGAAUCUCACUUGCAGUUCUGAAUUACACUUCGUGGAUCUCUCCACUAACCUCUUGACCGGAAGAUUACCCAGUUGCCUCUUGAACAGUUCAAAGACCGCUGUAGUGGACGGAAACUGCUUGGAAGACGGAGAUGGAAAUCAGCACCCUGUUUCCUUCUGCAGGAAUGAGGCGCUGGCGGUGGGUUUUUUACCCCCUUCACAUCAUAGAAGCAGCAGGAAAAUAGGGUCGGGAGUGAUUCUUGAAUCGAUCGUAUUUGGGAGUGUUAUAGGAGGAGGCAGUGUGGUUCUUGCUAUGGGGUUUUUUGUUGCCAGAAGAUUUCUUGCAAUGAAGAGAACCCCAUCCACGUUGAUGCUGGAUAAUCCUUCAUCUGUAUACACAUCAAAGCUGUUCUCAGAUGCAAGGUAUAUGACCCAAGCCAUGAACAUAGGGUCAGUCAGUGUUCCGUCAUAUCGAACCUUUUCAUUGGAAGAACUUGAAACUGCAACAAACCAUUUCGACACGUCAACUUUAAUGGGAGAAUGUUCCAACGUUCAGAUAUACAGAGGGCGACUGAGAGAUAGCUCAUUUGUUGCUAUUAGAUGCCUAACCCUGAGAAGAAGCGAUAGCAUUCAAAAUUUCAUGCAACGCGUUGAGUUAAUAUCCAAACUCAGACAUCAGCACUUGGUCAGUGCUCUCGGGCACUGCUUCGAGUGUUACUCGGAUGAUUCAAGUGUCAGCAGAAUAGUUCUCGUCUUUGAAUAUGUGCCAAACGGGACCCUGAGGAGUUGGAUAUCAGGGAAGCAUGGAAGGCGGAUAUUGAAUUGGGGACAACGUGUUUCUGCUGCAAUAGGAGUAGCUAAGGGUAUCCAGUUCUUGCAUACUGGAGUCGUUCCCGGUGUCUUUCCAAAUAAGUUGAAAAUAACUGAUAUUUUGUUGGACCAGGAGCUCGUUGCAAAAAUAAGUACCUUUAACCUCCCCAUUUUCGCCGAUGACGUUGCACAGGCCACCCGUCCAAAUUUCCCUGGUGGUUCCAAUCAACUAAAUGGUGCAAGGGAAAGAAACAACGGAAAGCUGGACGUAUAUGCCUUUGGUGUAAUAUUGCUAGAACUAAUUACAGGGAGGAAGACAAAUACCAAAAAGGAGGUGAAGAUCCUUAAAGAUCAGUUGCAGGCGAGCCCAACGGCUGAUGAUGCAUGGACAACGAAUGUGGUUGACCCAAGGGUCAAGAGUUCAAGUUCAGACGAAUCGGUUAGGACGAUGGUGGAGAUUUGCUACAGAUGUUUGGUUGAGGAUCAUGAAGACAGGCCUUCCUUUGAGGACAUUUUGUGGAAUCUGCAGUUUGCUGCUCAGGUCCAGGACGCGUGUAGGGCAGAUGGUUCUCCAAGCAGCAGUGAUGCCUCGCCGGUCUCCCCCUUUCGCCACCCUUCACUUCGCCAGAUUUCUGUUCGGUAGCAUCAACAAAGACACCUGUGGGGGAUCACUGUGUUGUUCUACUCAUGCCUCAUGGAGAUGAUGUCCUAUGUGACACCGUUAUAUAUGCCAGAUAAGAUGUCCUCUCCAUGAACGCUCCGUUGCGCACAAAAACUGUCCCCUUUCUGAAAACUAUGUGUACAAAUUCAUUAAUUUUCCACUUAAAUUUUAUACAUUUGAGCCAGUGGCCCUCUCCUCGUCACUUGCCCUCAUAUUCUAAGCAUAGUGAAUUCAUAUUGGAGGGUCUUUGUCUCUUGGUGGUGACAUUAUCAUAAAUUAGAUUUAGGUUGCAUGAUCUGAUCCUAUUUUUUGAAGAUAUGCUCUUAUGUAAGUGUAGUUAUAUUUAAAGUUGUUACUGAUCUGAUCUGGUUUAUUUUAAUUAAAAUAAGUAAUAUUAAGUUGAAUGAAACGGAUUCUAAGGG